AUGAACACUGGGUGCGGGAUGCAGGCAGGCCCCCCCACCUGGCGCCAGAGCAGUGUAGCACCUCGCCGGCCCCCCCUCCCCCCGCCAGUCCCUCUAGAUGACCCGAUAGCUCGCAACAAGGUUUCCACCCGCUGUUUCUGGAACGCCUGCAAAGCUCUAUCCUUCGGUCUCCUGCUCAUGAUGAUUGGAGCAGCCAUGGCAACCAUAGGUUACUACGCAGAUCAGCUGUCAGCAGUGCCGGAUGUUCGGUCCAACACCACUGUCGCUCUCAAGAGCCGAGGGUUUCAUCUACACAACCUGUCAUACGCUGGACCCAUUGUCAUGGGUGUCGGAGGGUUCAUAGUGGUGGCAGCUUGUGUGAUGACAUUCGAGGCAAGAGACAGUGCAGCCAAGGUUGUUCCUACAAGACUGAAGUACUCAACGACAGCAGGACAUCCUCAUAGGCACAGCAAGCUGAGUCCCGCCAUGUCCAGCAAGUUCCACUCCUCGGUGCGCACUGACAGCCGGCGCAGCACCACCAAGUGGGAGCAGUCGCAAGUGUUCAGAGCAGCAGCCACCUCCCCAGGCGCCAACGAGGCUCUCAACAGACGAGCACUCACGGCCGCCUUCAUCCAGUUCUCCAAGAACCUGCAGGCUCAGCAGAGCGGACCUUUACAAGCCACAAUCAGCAAAAGUCCCUCAGCGCCGAAUCUUGCUGACACAAAACUCCCUACACCCAGCAUCUCGCCCUUCAUGAAGUCUCAUGUUUCUCCUCGUCAAAGACAGAAAAGAAGUAGAAAUUCAUUACGCCCCUCAGGCAGCGGAUGCACACUUUUGAACCCCCAUGCUCUGCUGCAACGACAAGCUCUGUCCAUGGAUAACCCUGACUACAACCCUUAUUUCUCACCCCCUCGCUCACAACAGCUCAGUAGGCAGCACAGUGGUAGAGGCAGUAAAGAGUCCAUAGAGGUGGAGAUGACUGCAAUGUGUCAAGCGCACGGGUCACAGGCCUCAAUGGCUAUGGACCUUCAUCUCCCGAAUGAUUGCCCUGUCACACUGAGAGUUAGGGACAGAACAAAAAGAUCUGAUACAGCUACUAGACACGCAUUUGUCAGACAAUCACAAAUAAUCAUAGAUGACGAUGAUUUGGAAAGAAGAGAAACUCACUCGUGUAGUCCAAGACUUCCUGGUCAUCAUUCGAGAGCUUACGAUGAAAUAACUCCUUACUCCAGAUCAACACCUCACAGUAGAAGAGAAUCCCUAACAAAACCUCCUGGUAUGCGACCAAAUGUAGAAGACUAUCCUCGAUCGAGAUCCAACACAGGAGACUCACGGAGAAGCUCUAUAUCUAAAAACGAGUCUCGCAGAAGCUCUAUCUCAAAGAAACGAUACUCUAGAGCAAACACAGAGGAGAGAAGAAGAAGAGGCUCCACCACAUCUGACAAAAGAUCUCUCAACGUCUCUCGCUCCAGCUCUUAUGAGAAACAGAGACCCUUGGAAGGCCAAUCUUCGUUUUGCUCUGUGAAAUCGGAUGCUCCUUAUGAGUCUGGAAGUGAGACAAACGCUGAGGAGUUUGAUAGAAAGUCUGACACAUACAUAGUUAUAGAAGAAGUUGAUGUUCAACUCCCCAUAGUGUCAUGUUCAGGGGAAGAUGAGAUAGAAAACAAACCUGGCGGAAUUGAGAAGUCAGAUGAAACAACUUGACACGAGUAGAGAGAUUUGUUGGUUUUUCAAACUCCUUUGACAAGGGAGAAAUAUUAGGGCUUUGCCUCCAUGAGGAUGACAUGUUCUUGAAGAAGUUGGUAGUACUGUCAAGAGUUGGAAAAUGGUCAAAUAGAAUUUAGAAUAUGGAGUAUGAGUGAGUAUCUAGUAUCUGGUAGGUUUUAUUUUACAUUUUCAAAUGUCUUUAAAUUUAGAAUUCCGUCCUAAAUCUCUUAUAUCACAAUUAUUAACUUUUUGAUAAUGAUUCUGCUGAAUAUAUAGUUCAAUUUUGAAAAAAAUAUAGGUAACGGCUUGAAUAUUAAAUACUAAUUCCAAGUUAAACUUACAAUUAUUGAAACAUUGUAUAAAAGAUUUAGAAUUUUCAAAACAGUGUUAUUGAUCUACAAAUUAUUAUACACAUUUAGUUUCUGGUUUGUAAGGACUAAAUGAGUUAUACUGUAUCUGCAUUUAUUAAAACUAUUUUUACAGAAGGAAAGUAUACUGUUCACAUGUUUUUAACACGUUCCCUACCAACUGUCACACUCCUCUUUAACAGAGGGAUGAUUAUAGUUGGUAGUUAAUGUGUUAAACAAUAAAAACAUUCAAGUGCUCAAAGUUUUAAUUUGACAGUGCAGUAGCUUUUUAAAAUCUACGUUUAGAUUAAUUGACGAGGAAAAACUAAAGAUGUUGUCUGAAUUGAUUAGUUAACUAUUAACUGUAGCCAAAGUCAAUGUGAAACUAGUUUUACUGGUAUAGCUAUAGUUAAACUGGAAGAAACUGUGAAUGACGUCCAAGUCACAGUUAUAAUUUUUUUGUGACCAUUUAAAGUCAGACAAUAAAUAAUUCAAAUAAUAAUUCUUGUUGACCUUGACAAGUAAAAACAGUAUCUUAAGAUCUUCGUUUAACAUUAUAAAACUUGCUGAAUUUAAGACAUUUUUUAUUUUACAACAUCACAAAACGUAUUAGGAGUUGUAGAGUGUUAUCCGCGUACAAAUCAGGAAAGAUUAACUGCACCAAACUGUACUAGCUCGAGAUAGGAGUAGAGUAGAAGUAGGUUUGUCUUCGUACUAGGAGGUUAGACCAUCAGCUUACCGAUCGACUGUAAUUGUCGAUUUACGAUCAUUGUUACAUAUUUUGUCACUUCAGUAACUGUUAGAACUCAUAAUCGCAUAAGUUAUAUGUCGUCGCACAACAAGUUACCGGUACCCACUACUGAUCAGGGUAUUAUUUUAAAAGUUCUAAAUAUUACAUAGAUACUAUAUGUCCAUGAUUAAAUAUGUACCUAACUGUAAAGUGAAUUCUCUAUUUAUCUAUGAUAUUAAUUUUUUACUAAGACUAUAACUA